AAACGCUGCUAUUUAGUCGCUGCACUACCUUGUUCCUUCCCUCAUUCCCAUUUCUCACGCGGGUGGCCACUUGCCGAGUCUCGUCUUUGAUCCAGGUUGAAAGAAACAGUUGAUGCUUGCUUACAAGAGGUGUUUGAAUUUCUGUGACGAUCGUUGAACAAAGAACACUAGGUAUGGCUUGGUUUAGAGCUGGAUCCUCUGUGGCUAAGCUUGCCAUCAGAAGGACUCUGUCUCAGGGUGGAUCUUAUGCGGCAAGGACAAGGGUGCUGCCUUCUCAAAGCAGAUAUUUUCAGACCACGUUAUUCAAAUCCAAGGCACAGUCAGCGCCUGUUCCACGUCCGGUGCCUCUCUCUAGGCUAACCGAUAGCUUCUUAGAUGGGACAAGCAGUGUGUAUCUGGAGGAGCUACAAAGGGCUUGGGAGGCUGACCCGAACAGUGUCGAUGAGUCCUGGGACAACUUCUUCAGGAAUUUUGUUGGGCAGGCUGCCACAUCGCCCGGAAUUUCAGGUCAAACGAUUCAAGAGAGUAUGCGAUUGUUGUUGCUUGUUAGGGCUUACCAAGUUAACGGCCACAUGAAAGCUAAGCUGGAUCCAUUGGCUCUAGAAGAGAGAGAAAUCCCAGAGGACCUUGACCCGGCUCUAUAUGGUUUUUCAGAGGCUGAUCUUGACAGGGAAUUCUUUUUGGGUGUAUGGAGGAUGUCGGGGUUUCUGUCUGAGAACCGUCCGGUUCGAACCUUGAGAGCUAUAUUGUCUCGGCUUGAGCAGGCUUACUGUGGGACUAUAGGGUAUGAGUACAUGCACAUUGCUGACAGGGAAAAAUGUAACUGGUUGAGAGACAAGAUCGAAACCCCGACACCUCAACAGUACAAUAAGGAGCGUCGACAGGUUAUUCUUGAUCGUCUUGCCUGGAGUUCACAGUUUGAGAAUUUCUUGGCUACUAAGUGGACAACGGCUAAAAGAUUUGGUCUUGAAGGUGCUGAGUCAUUGAUUCCAGGUAUGAAAGAGAUGUUUGAUAGGGCUGCAGAUCUCGGGGUAGAGAGCAUAGUUAUUGGGAUGCCCCACAGAGGUAGACUGAACGUUUUGGGUAAUGUUGUCAGAAAACCUCUUCGUCAAAUAUUCAGCGAGUUUAGUGGUGGCACCAAGCCCGUCGAUGAAGUUGGACUCUACACAGGAACAGGUGAUGUUAAAUAUCACUUGGGUACAUCUUAUGAUCGCCCAACAAGAGGAGGAAAGAGACUUCACUUAUCCUUGGUUGCAAACCCCAGUCACUUGGAAGCAGUAGAUCCUGUUGUUAUGGGUAAAACCCGAGGGAAACAGUAUUACUCCAAAGACGAGGAUAGAAUUAAGAACAUGGGUGUUUUGAUUCAUGGGGAUGGUAGCUUUGCCGGGCAAGGAGUGGUGUACGAGACUCUACAUCUUAGUGCACUUCCUAAUUACACUACCGGUGGGACGAUACACAUUGUAGUCAAUAACCAAGUGGCCUUCACAACUGAUCCCAGGUCUGGGAGGUCUUCACAAUAUUGUACUGAUGUUGCAAAGGCUUUAAGUGCACCAAUUUUCCACGUUAAUGCGGAUGACAUGGAGGCAGUGGUGCAUGCUUGCGAGCUUGCGGCUGAAUGGCGUCAGACUUUCCAUUCCGAUGUGGUGGUUGAUUUAGUUUGUUACCGCCGCUUUGGGCACAAUGAGAUAGAUGAACCAUCAUUCACACAACCUAAGAUGUAUCAGGUGAUCCGGAGUCAUCCUUCAGCACUUCAAAUCUAUCAGAACAAGCUUCUCGAAUCAGGACAGGUCACACAAGAAGAUAUUGAUAAGAUACACAAAAAGGUAAAUUCUAUUCUCAAUGAAGAAUUUCUAGCUAGUAAAGACUACGUUCCACAAAAACGGGACUGGCUUUCAAGUCACUGGACUGGAUUCAAAUCACCCGAGCAGAUUUCAAGGGUCCGAAACACUGGUGUCAAACCAGAGAUAUUGAAGAAUGUGGGACAAGCAAUCACCAUGUUCCCAGACAAUUUUAAGCCCCACAGAGGUGUGAAAAGAGUUUAUGAACAGCGGGCUCAAAUGAUCGAAACUGGUGAAGGUAUUGACUGGGGACUUGGAGAGGCUCUUGCUUUUGCUACACUGUUAGUGGAAGGCAACCAUGUCCGUCUGAGUGGUCAAGAUGUCGAAAGAGGGACUUUCAGUCAUAGACAUUCAGUGGUUCACGAUCAGGAAACAGGGGAACAAUAUUGCCCUCUCGAUCACGUUAUCAUGAACCAAGACCCGGAGAUGUUCACCGUCAGCAAUAGCUCUCUUUCGGAAUUUGGUGUCCUUGGAUUUGAAUUGGGUUACUCUAUGGAAAACCCUAAUUCUCUGGUAAUAUGGGAAGCUCAGUUUGGGGACUUUGCAAAUGGUGCUCAGGUGAUGUUUGAUCAGUUCGUUAGCAGUGGGGAGGCCAAAUGGCUUCGUCAAACUGGGCUUGUGGUUCUGCUUCCUCAUGGAUAUGAUGGGCAGGGUCCUGAACAUUCUAGUGGAAGAUUAGAACGUUUCCUUCAGAUGAGCGAUGACAAUCCAUUUGUGAUUCCUGAGAUGGACCCGACCCUCCGCAAGCAGAUUCAGGAAUGUAAUUGGCAGGUUGUUAAUAUUACAACACCUGCCAACUAUUUCCAUGUCUUGCGACGGCAGAUACAUAGAGAGUUCCGCAAGCCGCUUAUUGUAAUGGCUCCCAAAAACUUGCUCCGACACAAGCAAUGUGUGUCUAACCUGUCUGAAUUCGAUGACGUCCAAGGACAUGUUGGGUUUGACAAGCAAGGAACCCGAUUUAAGCGUCUAAUAAAGGACCAGAAUGACCACUCUGUCCUCGAGGAAGGUAUCAGACGUUUAGUCCUCUGCUCUGGGAAGGUAUACUACGAGCUUGAUGAAGAGAGGAAGAAGACGAGUGCAAAUGACGUAGCCAUAUGCAGGGUAGAACAGCUCUCCCCCUUCCCCUACGAUCUCAUUCAAAGAGAACUCAAGCGAUAUCCAAAUGCGGAGAUUGUGUGGUGUCAAGAGGAGCCAAUGAACAUGGGAGCGUACUACUAUAUCGCGCCCCGUCUGUGCACGGCCAUGAAAGCACUUGGCAGAGGAAACAUGGACGACAUCAAGUACGUUGGCCGUCUUCCGUCAGCUGCCACUGCCACCGGCUUCUAUUCCGUCCAUGUCAAGGAGCAGGCUGAGAUCGUGCAGAAGGCCCUUCACCCCCAACCCAUCAACCUCGCUUCUUGAACUCUUCCUCCCCUUCAGACAAGACAACCUUCGAGUCCGUCUCUCAACAUGUCCUCAAUAAAAGGAAAAAGCAUGUUCUUCCUUUCACUCUGAGUGACUUCUGAGUCAGUCUUUUUUUGGUUUCGUAAUACCAAAUGGUACCUCUGGAAUGUUCCAGAAGAAGUUUGCGUUACGAACUUGCGAACAAAUCAGAAAACUGUUGCGACUUCUUCA